AUGGCAGAGCCCACAGCAGCAAAAGUAACAUCGAUCUUCAUAUAUCCGAUCAAAUCAUACCAUGGAAUUUCUGUUUCUCAAGCAGCUCUCACUUCCACUGGAUUUCGCUGGGAUCGGCAAUGGUUGGUUGUGAAUUCCAAAGGCAGGGCAUACACUCAAAGGGUUGAACCAAAGCUUGCGCUAGUUGAAGUGACUCUGCCAAAUGAGGCAUUUUCUGAGAGUUUUUUUUUUUUACACAUUUUCUGA